CCAAAAGUAUAUUAGAGACCGCAGGGAGGCUUCGCUAUCCGAUCGCACACUUAUUCUUGCUCGUUUUACCUUUAGCCAUUCUCUAAUUCUACUCACAAUUGAAGGUGUUGUGAGGCUAUAAAUAACCUUGCGCUUCUUCUUUCGUUGAGAAAAAUUCGAUCAACUUUAAUAGAAUAGGAAUAUGGAGCAAGGGGAAAAGAGAAUUCGAUUUUCUAUUGUGGCCGCUGACGGCCUAGCCAAGAGAGAUCUCUUUCGUCAGCCGGAUCCUUUUGCUAUCAUAACAGUCGAUGGAGAACAGACGCAUACAACAAAGGUGAUAAAGAAGUCUACGAAUCCAUAUUGGAAUGAAGGAUUUGAAAUUGUUGUUAAACCGUCCAGUGGUAUUCUAAUACGAAUCUUUGACCAAAAAAAAUUUAAGAAAAAAGAUCAAGGAUUCCUUGGCCUUGUCUCGUUUCAUGUCCAAGAUGUUGCAAACUUGCGAUCUUCUCGAGAAUCCACUUUUACGCGACCGUUAAAGCGAUCUAGUUCUACCAGUCUUUCGGUCAUGGGAAAUUUAGUUAUGAAACUUGGACCUUCAAAAACAAGAAACGCUGUACCUAACGGUACGAAUACGGCUGCAGGUAAUACUUCAAGGGUUACGAAUGGUGCCUCGACACAGUCAAAUCCGCAGGUAUCUUCGACCGCUGAUGCCACUACCGCUUCAGCUCUUCAAAGUAGUACAACCAAUGGUACUUCUACAUCAUCGAGAAAUCCGCCACGCGAAAAUGGAAGUAGUAUUUUAUCUUCCUUCGAAGAUCAAUACGGUCGACUGCCGCCAGGCUGGGAACGUCGAGCUGAUUCUUUAGGUAGAACCUAUUACGUUGAUCACAAUACACGUACGACAACUUGGAAUCGUCCUUCGAUGAAUUCUAGCAAUCGAUCUUCUAUGAACACCGACUCUCAGCGCUUACAACAUCAAAAUCGGUCUCUUCCCGAUGACUCUUCUCCAAUUAAUAUUUCCAAUAAUGAUUUACCUGCAGGUUGGGAACAACGGUACACCAAUACUGGUCGUCCGUAUUUUGUGGACCAUAACACUCGUACUACUACUUGGGUUGAUCCGAGAAAUCAACUUCUUCGUCCGGUGGGAAACUCGUCACCUGGUUUUGGUGGCUUAAUGCAACCUCAAUCCUUGUCCCAUCUAGGUCCAUUACCAAGUGGAUGGGAAAUGCGUCUCACAAACUCUGCACGGGUCUACUUUGUUGACCAUAAUACAAAAACCACUACAUGGGAUGAUCCACGCCUUCCAUCCGCUUUGGAUCAAAACGUUCCCAAAUAUAAGUGUGACUUCAGAAGAAAACUCAUUUACUUCCGCUCCCAGAUCGGCAUGCGACCUCUCCCUGGUCAGUGUAGUAUUAAAGUCAGAAGAGAUCACAUUUUUGAAGACUCUUAUGCAGAGAUUAUGCGUAAUUCUGCUCAUGAUCUUAAGAAAAGACUAAUGAUUCGUUUUGAAGGUGAAGAUGGUCUUGAUUAUGGUGGAUUAUCUAGAGAGUUUUUUUUCCUAUUGUCGCACAAAAUGUUUGAUCCUAUUUAUUGCUUAUUCGAAUACUCCGCCGUUGACAACUAUACACUUCAAAUCAAUCCUCACUCAGGCAUUAACCCCGAGCAUCUUAAUUACUUUCGGUUUAUCGGCAGAGUGAUUGGUCUAGCCAUUUUUCACCGACGAUUUCUUGAUGCGUUCUUUGUUAUCAGUCUUUACAAAAAGCUUCUACAAAAAAAAGUUACACUUGCGGAUAUGGAAAGUAUUGAUGCUGAUUUUUAUCGUAGUUUAAAGUGGGUAUUGGAGAACGACAUCACGGGCAUUCUUGACCUUACUUUCAGUGCUGAGGAAGAUCAUUUUGGAGAAGUAAGGACAAUCGAAUUAAAGCCUAAUGGUGAAAAUAUUGAAGUUACUGAAGAAAACAAGAAAGAAUAUGUUGAUUUAGUAACUGAAUGGAGGAUUUCCAAACGAGUAGAAGAUCAAUUUAAUGCCUUCUAUGCUGGUUUUGUGGAACUUGUGCCUCCUGAUUUAGUUAGUGUAUUUGAUGAACGUGAGCUAGAACUAUUAAUUGGUGGUAUAUCAGAUGUUGAUAUCAAUGACUGGAAGAACCAUACUGAGUAUCGGACCUAUUCUGCCUCGGACCAAGUAGUUAAGUGGUUCUGGGAAAUUAUUUCGAAUUGGAAAAAUGAGGAACGUUCAAUGCUGUUGCAGUUUGCGACUGGAACAUCCAGAAUUCCCGUGAAUGGUUUCAGAGAUUUACAAGGAAGUGAUGGUCCUCGUAAAUUUACUAUUGAGAAAGCUGGAUCACCAGACCAGCUUCCAGUUGCACACACAUGUUUCAAUAGGCUUGAUUUACCCGAAUAUCCGACGAAAGCCAAACUUGAAGGCAAGUUGAGCUUGGCUAUAGAAAAUACAGUUGGGUUUGGAAAUGAGUAAUGUAUCUAUCUUAUGAUGGUAUGCCCUAAAAAUAAUUGGAAUGAUGAUUUACAGUUUUGUUGAUGAUAAUGAUAUGCUGUUGAACAUGAUACAAGCAUUAUAUGAAAUAAAUUCUAUUAUUUUAAAGGUAAAAUAUGCCCAAACAAAGAUAUUAAUUUAAA